UUGUAUUUGUACUGUUCUCUAAACCAUAUCUGAGUAAGAUCAUAGAUGUGUAACUGUUCGUGCUAAUCAGGAUUUUAGCAUAAUUUUAUACAAUACAAAAGCUUGAAAAUAAUGGAAGAUGAGAUAAAAUGUGCUGCAGAAAAACUAGUGUCUGCAAUAGAUAUUCAUAUGAAUCCCUAUGUUAGUCAGAACGAAAGAGAAGAAGCGUACAAGAUCUGUGAAGAUUUCAAGGAAAAUUCUCCUCUUUGUGUCCAAUGUGGUCUUCAACUAACAAACAAAGGUUACUCUUCUGUAGUGCGUCACUUUGGACUACAGCUGAUUGAACAUGUCAUCAAAUUUAAGUGGAAUGGAAUGACUCAAGAGGAAAAAGUAUUUAUCAAAGAUAGUGCUAUGCAGCUUCUUGCAACAGGAACUGAACAUAUUCUGGUGGAACAUAGCCAUAUAAAAUUUGCUUUGUCUCGAAUCAUUGUGGAAAUGGUAAAACGAGAGUGGCCACAGCAUUGGCCCAGUUUUCUUCAAGAGAUGUAUGAACUUUCAGCCAUAGGGGAAACGCAGAAAGAAUUGGUGCUACUCAUAUUUUUACGGUUAGCAGAAGAUAUUGUAGCUUUUCAGAGCAUUCAGAAUCAGCGGAGACGACAGAUUUAUCAAGCUAUGACUUUAGACUUAAAUAAUAUAAUCACAUUUUUCCUUCAGACAUUACAAAGUCAUUAUCAGAUGUAUGUUGAAAUGCGGCAGGCUGAUAAAAAAGAAGAGAUGAUGGUUCAUUGUAGAGUAGUUGAAGCUACUUUAAUGACACUUGCAGGCUUUGUGGAGUGGGUUCCUAUCUCUCAGAUCACAAAAGAAAACAAUAUUCUUUUUCCAAUACUGAGUCUACUUCUUGAAAGUCAACUACAGUUAUAUGCUGCAGAGUGCCUACUAUUGAUUGUCAGUAGGAAGGGGAAAAUUGAAGAACGAAAACCACUUCUAGUACUCUUUGAGGAAGAUGCUAUGUCAGUGAUUUUUUCUGCAGCUAGUGCUGCAGCUCUGGCCCCCUUAGAAGAACAACACUAUGUUUUUCUGAAGAAACUUUGCCAAGUUUUGACAGGUCUCGGUUCUCAGCUGUGUUUGCUGUGGGGUACCAUAGAAAAUUUUGUACCUCCCAAGGCAUUUCCCACUUAUCUAAGCUGUAUAGUUGCAUUCACUUCCCAUGCCAGUCAGGUUCUAAGCAGCUACACUCAAACUUUGUGGGCAACAUUUUUUCGACACCGUUCUAUAUCCCAGAAUCCUUGUCUUCAAGCUGUCCUAUCUAAAGUUGUUGAAAGUGAUAUAGAAAAGUUAAUGAAGGUAGGAUUUCCAUCUGGAAAUAAUUCCCUCAGUUGUGAAUAUUCAAGAAUAGACUUUCAUAAGGAUGAGGAUUACCACAGUUUUUAUAUCAGAUACAGAGCAGAAGUCACAGAAGCUUUACGAUGGGCAACGAUUCUCAAUCCCACCAUGUUAUUUGGUUAUGCAUCACAGUGGUUAACAAAUCAGCUUCAGAAGCCUAUUGAUGUAGGAGCAGGAUCUGACAAUGGCUUUUGUCACACUAGUUCUCCAUCUUAUAUCCAGUGGAGUGCGUUAGCUUUAUUUCUGGAAUGUGUUUUAAGUCGUAUUCUUGCCUCUGACAAACCAAAGCCUUCAGCAGAAGAAGGGAUUAUUCUUCUCAAAGCAGUUUUAAACUAUGACACUCAGGACCCUCUUAUCCUUUCCUCAGUGCUGUCUUGUAUCUCAGCUUUGUUUGUUUUUCUGACAUUAGCACCUGAUGAUAUAUUACCUGCUGUGCUUGAUAAGAUAUUUUCUGCUGUAGUUUUCAAUUUUCCUGGACAAACUAAAGCUACACGAAGUAAAGCAAUAAAAAAUGUGAGGCGUCAUGCCUGUUCUUCCCUUGUGAAGAUUUGUAAACAGCAUCCUAAGCUUCUCCUGCCAGCAUUUCAGCAGAUGUACACUCAAGUAAAAAACCUCUGUCAAGAUCCUGAUCAGCUUUCACAACUGGAGAAAUGUACUUUGUUAGAAGCUCUUGUUCUGAUCAGUAAUGAGUUCCACAACUACAAUCAGCAACUGGAUUUCUUGAAGGAAAUCUUUAAUCCUGUAUCUUCCAUCUGGCUGAGUUCUGAGCUACAAGAGGCUUUUUUUUCAGUAGAAACCUUUAUGUCUCAUAUUGGCCUUGAUCGUCCCCCUGUAGAACCAGGUAGUGAUGACAUCAUGGGAAUUAACAGGUCACAGAUAAUUUACUGUGUGUCAACCAUCCUGGGAGUUAUCAAACGGUCUAGAUGGCCAGAUGAUUUUGAGGUAGCAAAGAAAGGUGGAUUUUUGCAUGAAUUUGGUAGUGAAACAGGCCUACAUUUUCGCAACCCUGCUACACCAUAUGUUUCCAUGUUGCUUGAGAGACUAUUUUCUUUAAUUGGAGUUUUAAAUAGUCUAUGGAGGCCAGAUGCAUUAAGUAAAAUACAUUCAGAGUUUGCCACAGCUAAUGACAUGCUAGAGGUUGAAAAACAAAACAUUUUAGGUCAGAAUCCACAGUGUCUAGAUUUUUCAGAUAACCCUGCUAUGAAACAGCCUCCAGAAAGGAUGAAACAUUUUAUGUCAACUGUUCAUGAAACCUGUUAUCACAUUUUAGGAAAUUCUGGGCCAAGUCUUGGAGCUGACUUUUAUGCCAUUCCAAAUCUGGCAGCAGCUAUUGUAUCAUCUGUUUUUGCUGACUUGAACAAUGUUCCAGAUUACAGAUUACGUCCUGUUAUUCGUAUUUUUAUGAAACCUUUUAUCCAACACUGUCCACCACAAUUCUACCAGACAGCCCUUAUUCCUGUACUAGAGGUUCUUUGUCCACUUAUGUUUCAAAGAUUAAGUACAAAGUGGGAACAAUUUAAGCAACGUUAUGGUACCAGUUCAGGCUAUGAGGAAGAAAUGACAGAAAGUCAGGAAGUGCUAGAUGAUCAAGUGAAUCGACAAGUUACUAGAGAAUAUGUAGAUCUUCUAGAUGUCAUUCUUCAUGGAAAGAAAAUAUCCAAUGAGCAAGUGUCUGAGCUCAUGGAAGAAGAAACUGAAACUAGUAAACCUGCUAGUCCAACAGAUGGUCUUUCUGAGCUAGGUAUCUCAGUAAUACGAACUGAAACUGUUUGCCCUUCAAUUGUCAUGACAAUAUGUGAUGCUCUUCACUGGCUUGAUACAACUACAUGUCUGAAAAGUGUUCAGUUAUGUACACCAGUACUUAAGCAGCUGUUAUCAGAUUCUAUUAUCCAGCAACCAGAAGAAGCUUUCUAUAUUCUACACAGUGUACUCAAAGGACUACAGGAGCUUGGUGAACAUGAAGCUAAUCAAGCACUUUUGCUUGGGUUGGGGCUGCAGACAUAUGAGACUCUACGUCCAGUAUUUCCUACUUUACAAACCGUCUUGUCUCAAGUGACUGGUUGCACUCAGAAAGACUUGCAGAGCUUUGAUGAAAAAAUAUUGCAGACAUCUUCUGGUAAAAUAACAGAAAAACGAAAGAAAGAUAUCUUCAGGAAAUUAGUGUCGGAUAUAAUUGGUACAAAUAUUGGACAACAGUUUAAGAAGGAAGUUCAUAUAAAGAAUUUACCACCAUUGUUCUGUUGGCCUCGUAAAAAUAACCUUCCCUUAGAUGACUUGGAAAAAUAUAACAUGGGGUUAUGUGAAUUAUUUCAACCUGAUCAGCAGCAGAAGAAGAAUGCAUUCUCAACAUCAUAGUCAUAAUCUUUGUCUCAGAUUUAUUGGAAUUUUACAAAUCAACAUUUGUAUUUCAGCUAUUUCAACUUGUGUAAAAUGUCAUCAUUUCAAUCAUCUUUUGUCUUCUAAAAUCACAAAAUUCCUCAUGCUUGCCAACAAGGCUCAUUCACAGUUGCAAACUAUAAGUAGUAUAGAUUUAUAUUACUAGUACCCAUAAAGUAAUGGCUUUACAUUAUAAAACAUGAAAUACUGCACAUAUAAUCGUGUAUAAAAAUGGAAUAUGUGUGAAUUCUCCUAGUUUUACAGCAAAUUUUUAAUUUUUUUCAAGACAUUUUAUUCCUCUAAAUAUUUUCACCAGUAAAUCUGUCUUUCAUUUAGGUCUGUAAAAGUCAAAACUACUUAUUCAACUAUCUUUUAUAUGCACAUCAGCUUUUACCAGUAACUUUGGUAAUGAAGCAUUUAUUUGAAGUAAGUUAUUGAAAUUGUCAAAGUUUUCAUUAGUUUGCAAAAGCUGGCCUGCCUUUGUGACAUUCUUUUUCAAUUUUGUUAUCAAGAUGUUAUGUUUCCUGAUUUAACAAGGAAGAUGUAUAUUUUCAGAAUUCGUUUUCUUUAAUGAAAUACAUACAAAAAUAUUCCUUAAUUUAAUGAUUAUGUUAGAACAUCUUCAGUUAAACAACUAGAGAUCCAAAGGUGCUUUUAUCUUACCUUGUUUGCAUUUCUGAUAAAAGUUUAGUCAAAAUUCAUUGAAAACAAUAUACAAUUAGUCAGUCUUAGUAUUCCUACUAAUCAAGCUUGUUUCAGUUUAUAUAACUAGUUUGUAAUGAAAUAGUUGCUUAACUGUGAAAAUGGUUUAAUUUAUAUUAAAUGUCUUCCUUGUUCUUUUCCAAACGUUCAAAGAUGUAGGGAUCCAAGCUUCCCACAAACCUUAAAAGUUGCAAAGUGGCUAAUUAAAAUUAAAACUGAAUGCUUACCAUUCCCACAAUCAGUGUUUAACAAUAAGUUAUUUCUUCAAAGAUUUUUAACAAAUCUUUGGUUUUAAAAUUGAGAACCAGUACAAAGCCAAUCAGUUUUUCUGUAUUAUUUCAUGAUAUUCUGACACAAUCUGUGUUUAUUUUCAAAAUGCAGUCUUUAACAAUGGUGAAAGACUGAAUUUUUGUAUUCAUAUUUUUCACUUUUUAUGUUUCUUAACUUUUUCUUAAUUGUAAGUUGUAUUUGCUAAAUAAAUAGAGUUGUGGAUACCAGUUUUGUAAAGUACACUGUGUUCACAACUGUAAUUUACAUUAAAAUAUAAGCUCAACAACAAAAAAUUUGACAAACUUUAAAACAGUUCUUUAUUUGCAAGCUGUUUAGGUGUGUUAAAAAACAUUAUGUAACAAAUAUAAUCUUAAAAGAUUUGAUUUCUUUAGAAGUUCUUAAUUUAGUAAAUAUGGAGUCCAUAUGAAUUAGUAAUUUGUUUUGGUAUGAGUACAGGAGUUUCUGAAUGAUGAAACAAUACAAAAAUAAAUGUUUCAUGUAUUUUAAA